UUGAAUUAUGCAAGUGUGAACAAUAUCUAUAAGGAGGAAAAUACAAAAAAUAGUGCUAUUUUUAGCUACAUUAUUUUACUAGCUUUGUGUAAGCAUUGGGGUUUUUAGGAUUCUCUUUUACUCUAUGCUUUUGUCAGUCCUUGGGUUCUGAGUCUUUUUUGGGGUUCAGUAUAAUACGAGUGCCAUUGUCUAAAAUCAGCAUCUUUCGGGGUCCUCCUCCUUUUCCCAUCUCCCACUUCCACCUCUGCUUAAAUUCGAAUUCUUUCUGCUCGAUCCGUGGAUUUUCCCGGUUAAAUUUUGCACCUUUCGUCUCUCACCAAGGUGCUGCAUUGGUGGCUAUCUCUGUAAGCAAUUAGCCCUGUGUGGGAACUGGGAAUGAAAAAAGAACCUGCAAGUUAUGCAGUAAUUUAUAUAAGGUCUGAUUAAUUUCUCUGAACAAUGUCGAGGGUUACUAAGUGGAAGAUUGAGAAGACAAAAGUAAAGGUGGUUUUCCGGCUCCAAUUCCAUGCCACACAUAUUCCACAAUCUGGAUGGGAUAAAUUGUUUAUCUCUUUCAUCCCUGCCGACUCUGGGAAGGCUACAUCAAAGACAACCAAAGCAAAUGUGAGAAAUGGAACCUGCAAGUGGGCAGAUCCAAUCUAUGAAACUACAAGACUCCUCCAAGACAUUAAAACUAGACAAUAUGAGGAGAAGUUUUAUAAACUUCUUGUGGGGAUGGGUUCAUCACGAUCUAGCAUCCUUGGCGAGGCCAACAUUAAUCUAGCUGAUUUUGUUGAUGCCUUGAAGCCAACAGCUGUUUCUUUGCCUCUUAAUGGAAGUGAGACUGGAGUCAUGCUACAUGUCACAGUGCAGCUUCUCACUUCCAAAACUGGUUUCAGAGAAUUUGAGCAGCAGAGGGAACUUAGAGAGAAGGGUCUACAGAACACCUCUGACCAAGGUACUCAUGAUGAAUCUGCUGAUAGCAAAGAGUCAUCUCCUGACCAGAAUGUCAAUAAUCAUAUUAAUAAGGUUAAUUCAAGAGUGAAAUUGAAAAGAGAAUCUAAAGAUCUCCCCCGUAUUUCUUCACUUGAAGGAGAAUCAGGGGUAAAUGAAGAGUAUGCUGACUCAGCUGCUGGCUUUGAUGGCUCAUCUAGUACUUCUGGAAGCAUAUAUACUGAAAAGCAUGAUAUCUCCAGUACACAUGAAGUGGACAGUCUUAAAAGCGCAGUCUCUGGUGAUUUAGGUGGACUAUCUCUUGGUCAAAGUCCUCAGCCAGAGAAGGGAGAGGCACCUGAUAAUCAGUUUCCCUCACAGGGAAGUGAUUGGGUUCAUGGUUGGAGCGUAGACUAUUCAGCUGCUUCUGAAGAUAGUAGCAGCAGCAAACUUAAGGGAAAUCUGGCAGCAAUUGAGUCAUCUAUUCUUGAUCUAAAAGUGAAGGUAAGUUCUUUGCAAAACCAUGCUGAUGAAAUAGGCGUUGAAACACUUAAGUUUUCUGGGCAACUUGCUACUGAGAUUUCAUCAGGAGAAGAGUUGGCAAAGGAGGUCACAGUACUAAAGUCAGAAUGUUCAAAGUUUAGAGAUGAGUUUGAGCAGCUUAAAAGUUCUAAGUUGAGAUUGGCAUUCACUCUCAAAGAACCUAUUGAUACAGAUAGGGAUAAAUUAUUUCAAAAUUUACAGCAUAAAUGGAUUAAGGGGCUUUUGCUCAUGGAAGAUAAGUUAAGAGAUAUUCAGAAGGUGUCUAUGGGAUUUCCUGACAGGGAUUUUAGAUUCCUUAACUUGGAGUUAGAAGCACUGGCUGUGAUUUUGCAGAAUCUCAAACAAGAAUCAGGAGAACCAAUUUCAGGGGCCAAAGCUGUCAAUGAAAGAGAGAACAAGAAAAAGGAUUUACAUAAAAGUGAACAAUUUUUAACAGAUAUUGGGUCUGAUGCAGGUUUAUUUCAACCCGAAAACAUGAAUCAUUAUCUUAGCAUACCUGGCCUUGUGUCUAACGAGUUUGGUUCAGUUGAUCCUACCCUUGCUAUGAAAGAAAAAAUCUUUGAACUUCUAAGAGAGCUGGAUGAGUCCAAAACUGAGAGGGAAAGCCUUGUGCGUAAAAUGGACCAGAUGGAGUGCUACUAUGAAGCUCUUAUUCAGGAACUUGAGCAGAAUCAAAGGCAGAUGAUGGCUGAGUUGCAGAACCUUAGGAAUGAACAUUCUACUUGCUUGUAUACAAUUUCUGCUGGUAAGACUGAGAUGGAGAGAAUGCACCAGAAUAUGAAUGAGCAGAUAAUGAAAUUUUCUGAAGACAAUCGCAUUUUGGAGUCUCUGAACAGUGAGUUUGAAAGAAGGGCUACUUCUGCAGAAGCAGCCCUUAAAAGGGCUAGAUUGAACUAUUCUAUUGCCGUUGGUCAAUUGCAAAAAGAUCUUGAACUGCUUUCUUGCCAGGUUCUUUCUAUGCAUGAGACAAAUGAGAAUCUCAUAAAGCAGACCCUUUCUGAUUCUUCAUAUCCAAACACUGAUGGUAGCCCAGAACCAGUGACAUAUCCAAAAAAUUCAGAAGGUCAUACUUCCAGUCGAUUGCUAAGUCAAAACCACAGUUCUUCUUUACAAAGACAACAUUUGGGUGAAGACAUUUUACUUAGUGAUUUGAAAAGAUCACUUCAGUUGCAAGAGGGAUUAUACAGGCAGGUUGAAGAAGAAAUCAGUCAAAUGCAUUUUGUAAAUAUAUACUCAGAUGUGUUUUCUAAGGCUUUGCAAGAAACAUUGCUUGAAGCAAGUCUUGACAUUCAACUCAUGAAAGAGAAAAUUGUUCAACUCUCCCAGCAGCUGGAGCUUACAAAUGAAUCCAAUGAGUUACUGGUGUUGAGGUUGCAGAAUGCUAUGAAUGACAUUGUCUCGCUAAAUGAGUACAAGGAGAUUUGCACUGCAAAGAGCAAUGAUAUUGCUCUCCAGAACCAAAUUUUAGAGGCAAAUUUAAAAGAUCUUGUUCAUGAAAACAAUGUUCUUACUAAGAAAAUUAAUGAGCUGGAAGUUCUUCUAACAGAGUGUAGAAGUUUUGAGGACAAGUACAUGGCAUGCAGUACAGAAAACUCGGAAUUGAAGAGUUUAUUGAAAAAAGAGAGCCUAGAAAGUAAUCAUCUUCUCGGUGAAAUAUCCAUUUUGCAAGAAGAGUUAAAAUCUCUUGGAACUAAAUUUGACGAGCAAGUUUCUAUGAAGGAUAAUCUGCAGAAUAAUGUCAUCUUUUUUUCUAAUAAGUUGCAGAAAUUGCUUGCAUCAUAUGAAGAAAGACAAGGUGAACUUUCCCUUUGUAGUAGAUCUGCCUGUAUGGACUCAGAAUGUGAAGACUUAGAAGGUCUCUUAUUGCGACUAGAAGAGCUGCAACAGAGUGCGUUUCAUAGAAUCCUGCUACUCAUUGAAGAGAAGGAGAUUUUAGUGCAUGAAAAACAUAUGGCUCACGUAUCUUUAAAUACUGCAGAAUCAGAUGUUCUAGUCAUGAAACAGAAGUUUGAGCAUGAUUUGCAAGAGAUGUUACAUAAGAUAAGUAUGUCAGGUACUCUGUUGCAGAAACUUCAGUUAGAUUUUGAGGUGAUCAUUGACAGGAUUAAUGCUGGUUUUGAAGCUGAAGAAUUAUAUUCUCAGCAUCACAAAGAAUUUUUGUCUGGUCUGGAUCAUUUGGAAGCAGAGCUGCAACAGCUUAAUUCCAGAAAUCAGGACCUUGCUCAAGAAAUAAUAAAGCUAGAUACUUCAUCUAGUGACCUUGAAAUGUGUAAGCUGACCUUGUUAACAAUCAUAGAGGAAAAGAAAGAUUUGGAGUCAUCUUUACAAGAAAAAACAGAAGAAUCUGCCAAGAUUUCAUCCAAGCUUAAUUCUUUGGAGAAGAGCUUGCAUUCUCUGCACAAUGAGUUGCAUGCUGAGAAAACUGUCCGAGAGAAAUUGGAGAAAACAGUUUCAGAUCUUACAACAGAUUUGAAUGAGAAGCAAAUCCAGCUGCAGGGAAAGAAAGAUUUGGAGUUGUCUUUACAGGAAAAAAUAGAAGAAUCUGCUAAGAUUUCAUCUGAGUUUAAUUCUUUGGAGAAGAACUUGCACUCUCUGCACAAUGAGUUGCAUGCUGAGAAAACUGUCAGAGAGAAAUUGGAGAAAACAGUUUCAGAUCUUUCCACAGAAUUGAAUGUGAGGCAAAUCCAGCUGCAGGAAAAGAGAGAUUUGGAGUCAUCUUUACAGGAAAAAACCGAAGAAUCUGCCAUGAUUUCAUCUGAGCUUAAUUCUUUGGAGAAGAACUUGCUUUCUCUGCAUAAUGAGUUGCAUUCUGAGAAAACUGUCAGAGAGAAAUUGGAGAAAACAGUUUCAGAUCUUACCACAGAACUGAAUGCGAAGCAAAUCCAGCUGCAGGAAAAGAAAGAUUUGGAGUUGUCUUUACAGGAAAAAAGAGAAGAAUCUGUCAGGAUUUCAUCUGAGCUUAAUUCCUUGGAGAAGAACUUGCAUUCUCUGCACAAUGAGUUGCAUGCUGAGAAAACUGCCAGAGAGGAAUUGGAGAAAACAAUUUCAGAUCUUACCACAGAAUUGAAUGAGAAGAAAAUGCAGCUGCAGGAAAAGAAAGAUUUGGCUUUGUCUUUACAGGAAAAAGCAGAAGAGUCUGCCAAGAUUUCAUCUGAGUUUAAUUCUUUGGAAAAGAACUUGCAUUCUCUGCAUAAUGAGUUGCAUGCUGAGAAAACUGUCAGAGAGAAAUUGGAGAAAACAAUUUCAGAUCUUACAGUAGAAUUGAAUGAGAAGCAAUGUCAGCUUCAGGACUCAGAUCUGAACAGACAAGAACUGAUCCAUCUGAAGCAAAUGGUGACAGACUUAGAAUUUGAAAAAUCAAGAAUCUCAGAUCUUCAACUGAAAUCUGAGGAACAUCUUAAAGAUGCUUUAAAACAAUAUUCUUCCAUUAGUUGUCUGGAAACUCAGUUAUCUGAAAUGCAUGAAUUUUCUGCAGCUACAGAUGUUGCUAUGACUUAUACAAGAGCUCAGUUUGAGGAUCAUAUGGAGGAGCUUGCUGAGAAACUCCAUUCUACUUGCAGGCAACUUGAUGUGCUUCACAAGAAGAAUCUUGAUGUAGAAUCUGAAUUGGAUGGAUGUCUUUGCAGAGAACUGACUUGCAUUAAAGAAAAUACAAGAUUGUUGACAAGUCUUGACUUCCUGAAAUCUGAGUUAGAGGUCUUGACUGCUCAAAAUAGAGCACUAAUUGAUCAAAACAGUGCAAUGAUGUCCGAGCUCAAGGAGCAUGAGAGUAGGACAGAGAAGGUCAAUGAUACUUCUUAUACUCAUGAAAGACAGUGCAUCCUUGAGGUUGAAAGGAUGGAGCAAUUGCUGGCAAGUUGUUGCAGAGAUGCUGAAGAACUCUUCUUGUCCAAGGAAGAAGCUGAACUCAAGUGUAUAGUUCUCCAGGACAAAUUGGAUGAACUGGAAACUGCAUUCACUUCAUUAAAACAAUCAGACGAUGAGCUGAUAAGGCUGCAGAACCAAUGUAAUGAACUUACCAGGAGGCUUGCUGAACAGGUUUUGAAGACAGAGGAGUUUAAGAAUUUGUCUAUUCAUUUUAAGGAACUAAAAGACAAAGCUGAGGCUGAGAGUCUAAAUGCCCAUGACAGAAGAGGACAUGAAGGAGCACCGGUUGCUAUGCAGGAGUCCUUGAGAAUCGCAUUUAUCAAGGAACAAUAUGAAUCAAAGUUGCAAGAACUAAGACAACAGCUGUCUUUGUCAAAAAAGCAUAGUGAGGAAAUGCUGUGGAAACUACAAGAUGCAAUUGAUGAAACUGAGAAUAGAAAAAAGUCUGAAGCUUCUCAAAUAAAAAUUAAUGAAGAGUUGGGGAUGAAGAUUUUGGAAUUGGAGGCUGAGCUACAGGCUGUAAUUUCUGAUAAACGCAAUUUGUUAAAUGCUUAUGAUCUUAUAAAGGCUGAAAAAGAGUGUUCUGCAAUAAGCCUUGAAUGUUGUAAGCAAGAAAAGCAAGAGCUUGAAGCUUCACUUGUAAAAUGCAAUGAGGAGAAGUCCAAAAUUGAAGUAGAGCUUACCUUGGCAAAGGAAUUAGUUGAGACUUCAAAAUCUCACGUGACUGCUCUGAAUGAGGGCAAUGGUGUAUUCUCCUCUUCAUUGAAUCCUCAAGAAAAAUCUACUCGUGAAGCUUGCAGUCAUGAGCCAGAGAGUGCAAGUUUACUCGUCAAUAUGCAACCCAAGGAUCCUCUUGCACCAAGUGUUAUGAAUGGAUGCCAAACUCUUGGAACUGAAAAGGACUUGCACCAAGAAGAAGUAAUGAAGCAUGUGGCAUCAACUGAAAGUUUGAAAUCUAUCAUUGACCACUUGAAUAAGGAGUUGGAAAGGAUGAAAAACGAGAACAUGCUUUCUUCAGUAGAUGAUCAUAGUCAUGAGUCAAGUUUUCCAGGGCUGCAAAGAGAACUGAUGCAGCUACAUGAGGCCAAUCAAGAGUUAGGAAACAUAUUCCCUGUUUUUGAUAAAUUCUCUGUCAGCGGUAAUGCAUUAGAAAGGGUGCUUGCUUUGGAGAUUGAGCUUGCUGAAGCGUUGCGGACCAAGAAGUCAUCAAGCUUCCAAUUUCAGAGUUCUUUCUUGAAACAGCACAGUGAUGAAGAAGCAGUAUUCCGAAGCUUCAGGGAUAUCAAUGAGCUAAUUAAAGAUAUGUUAGAACUAAAGACAAGACACUCUGCCGUGGAGACAGAACUGAAAGAGAUGCAUGAUCGUUACUCUCAAUUAAGUCUUCAAUUUGCAGAGGUUGAAGGUGAGAGACAAAAACUCAUGAUGACUAUUAAAAAUACUCGAGCAUCUAAGAAGGCUUCAAAUUAAUUCAUCAACCUACCACUUCCUUAUAGCCACAGUAAGGAAGCAUUUUUUACCCCCUUGCACAGGCUAAUAAUAAUUCAUGCUUGAUUAAGAUAUUCGUGGCCCCAUCAUAUCUACCCUUCUGUUUAUUAUAUAUAUAGAUAGAUAGAUUAUGCUAUAUAAGGGGCCCCAUCAGCUAUGGCAAGAGGUUAUAUUUUUGCAAGGGUUGGUAUGGUGUUACAUCAUUUCCAAAGUUAAGCAGCAGAUAAUACUUUUGUGUAAAUAAAAUAAUAUGUUAAGAAUCCAAGUAUAUAUCCCUGUAACAUCUUUGACCCGAGCCUGAAUACUGCAAUUGUUUUUCUGUACAGGAACAUUAUUUCUAUUUAAAACAAUUUUGUGAAAA